GGGUGACCUAAACCAACACUGUCGCCCUAUAAAAGUCAGGGCUCUAUUCGGCGGACCCAGGAGAAGGUAGGCAGAGAGGAAAGCACUAAGACGACAAAGAGCCAAGGAGAGCCAGUGGAAAUGCAGAAUCUUCCGGCUCUACUGCUGCUCUGUGUGGCCGUGUGCUCAGCCUAUCCAGUGGACAGAGCCGCAGAGGACAAGGACAGCAACAUGGACCUCCUUCAGCAAUACCUAGAGAACUACUACGACCUCGCCAAGGAUGUGAAACAGUUCGUCAGAAGAAGGGACAGCGGACCUGUCAUUAAAAAAAUCCGAGAAAUGCAGAAGUUCCUCGGGUUGGAGGUGACAGGGAAGCUGGACCCUGACACUCUGGCGAUGAUACGCAAGCCCCGGUGCGGCGUUCCCGACGUGGGCCAGUUCACCACCUUCCCUGGCCUGCCGAAGUGGAGGAAAACGCACCUCACCUACAGGAUUGUGAAUUAUACACUGGAUUUGCCGAGAGAGGCUGUUGACUCUGCCUUUGAGAAGGCUCUGAAAGCCUGGGAGGAGGUGACACCACUUACUUUCUCCAAGAUUUACGAAGGAGAGGCUGACAUAAUGAUCUUUUUUGCAGUUAGAGAUCAUGGAGACUUUAUCCCUUUUGAUGGACCUGGAAAUAUUUUGGGUCAUGCCUACGCGCCGGGGCCCGGCAUUAAUGGAGACGCUCACUUUGACGAUGAUGAGCAGUGGACAAAGGAUACAUCAGGGACCAACUUAUUCCUCGUUGCUGCUCAUGAACUCGGCCAUUCCCUGGGUCUCUAUCACUCGGCCGACCCCACAGCUUUGAUGUAUCCCGUCUACAACCCACGCACAGACCUGACCCGCUUCCGCCUUGCCCAAGAUGAUGUGAAUGGCAUCCAGUCCCUGUAUGGACCUCCCCCUAUGUCAUCCCCUGAUGGCCCCGCGGGGCCCACGGAAUCUGUGCCUCCAGAACCUGGGACACCAGCCACGUGCGAUCCUGCUUUGUCCUUCGAUGCCGUCAGCUCUCUGAGGGGAGAAAUCCUGUUCUUUAAAGACAGACAUUUUUGGCGCAAAUCCCUCAGGACGCCUGAACCUGGGUUUUAUUUGAUCUCCUCGUUUUGGCCAUCUCUACCUUCGGGCUUGGAUGCCGCAUACGAAGAGACUAGCAAGGAUAUCGUUUUCACUUUCAAAGGAAAUCAGUUCUGGGCCAUCAGAGGAACCGAGGUACAAGCAGGUUAUCCGAAAGGCAUCCACACCCUGGGUUUUCCUCCGAGCGUAACGAAAAUAGAUGCUGCUCUUUUUGAUAAGGAAAAGGAGAAAACAUACUUCUUUGUAGAGGACAAAUACUGGCGAUUUGAUGAGACGAUACAGUCCAUGGAGCCAGACUUUCCCAAGAAAAUAGCAGACGACUUUCCAGGGGUUGACUCGAAGGUUGAUGCUGCUUUUGAAGCAUUUGGGUUUUACUAUUUCUUCAGUGGAUCUUCGCAGUUGGAGUUUGACCCCAACGCAAAGAAAGUGACACACGUGUUGAAGACCAACAGCUGGUUGAACUGUUGACGUGUCUAGAAGCACCACGUGGGCAUUUGAAGCGAAGCCGAUGAUUCUUCACCCGAGUCUCUGUGAACCGACACGGUUCGCUUCCUGCUGCACAUGCACUGACAGAGCACGAGGAUAAGCUGCGUGUCUGGCCGGUCAGCCUCACCUAUGACGGGCCCUUCGAGCAGGCUGCUCGGCGCGCACUCGGGUCACACGGAGCAGCUUCCCCAGGAGAAGGGAGAGCACUCGUGUGCGAGACGACUGACUGUAUAUAGACUGUUUGCUUGUUAUUUAAUAAAGACGAUCAGCCAGUU